AUGCGUCUAUAUGCGAUCUCAGAUCUUCAUAUCAGCUACAAGCAUAACCGUGAGGCACUGGAUGAACUCGCACCUCACCCCGAGGACAGCUUGAUCAUAUGCGGUGAUGUGGGCGAACGUCUCGAACAUCUUCAGGAGGCUUUCGAGAUCGCUACGGACCGCUUCAAGCAGGUUUUUUGGGUGCCUGGCAAUCAUGAGUUGUACACACUACCGGGAAUCACCACGGAAGACGACCUGGACAAAGAGCUCCGAGGGGAGUCCAAAUACCAGGAGUGCGUGAGAGUUGCGAAUGAGUUCGGCGUCAUCACCCCGGAGGAUGAGUUCGUCAAAUGGGAAAGCGAAGGCAAUGGGGGCCCAUGCAUUAUCUGCCCGAUUUUCACGUUGUACGACUACAGCUUCAGACCGCCCGACGUACCACGAGACAAAGCCGUCGACUGGGCGAUGGAGGAAAACGUCUAUGCGACUGACGAAGCACUUCUACAUCCCGACCCCUACGCAACAAGAGAUGCAUGGUGUGAGCAGCUGGUUUCAAAGACAGAAGAGCGCUUAGAAGCCGCUGCUGCCAGAGGAUUUCCACUGGUGAUCAUCAACCACUGGCCUCUCCGAGAAGACCUGGUCACCAUACCCAGUAUACCAAGGUUCAGUAUAUGGUGCGGGACGAAGAAAACUCAACACUGGCACACCCGCUUCAACGCCAAAGUCGUGGUCACGGGGCACUUGCAUGUCCGGAGGACAGACUGGAUUGACGGGGUGAGAUUCGAGGAAGUCAGCUUGGGGUACCCUCGACAAUGGCAGGCCGCAAAGGAUAGGGGUCUCAACAUUAACGAUCUGCUCAGGGAGAUUUUGCCUGGAAUGGACGACCCUGGAGACGGUUGCACCAUCUGGAGACGAUCUGGAGUGCCAUCCAAACCCAGUUUGACAUGA